GAACUGAGAAGUGAGAAGAGAGGCCACAACCCAACCAACUCUUAUCUCCCUCAGCCUCUCUCAAAACUACCAUUUUUCAGAGACACGCAGAAAGCUUUCGUCUUUGUCAUCUCUUUCCCCAUUCAUAAAUCUAUCUGCAGAAUCCAAGUCAUAACAUUAUCAACCAGUAAACCAAUAAAAUGCAAGCGUUAGCAUGCAGUUCUUCUCCUCUGCAGUCCUACUCGUUGGGCUUGCGCACCUCCAAGAACCGCCUAAUCAGCCGCCGGCAGCUCUGCUGCGACGGCAUUUCCUCUGCCUGUUCUCACACUCAACCCAACCGCACUCACUCCCCGGACGACGCCGUUUCUCCCUUGUCCAUUUCCACCCAAAGGAGUGUUCAAAAACUGAGCAAGGAUUUUGAUCCGUUGGUAGACGAGGGUACGAAUUUCACAACGAGGCGGGCGUUGUUUGCGAGUAUUUUCAUGUAUUCGCUUUGUGAUCCUUCAAGGUACUUGUCAGCUCUAGCUUUAGGGGAUUCCUCAGUAACAAUUGAAGAAGUAACUCCUCCGGUUUUCACUUCCGGGCCUCUCUUCCCCACUGAGGAAAGAAUUGUCGAACUCUUUGAGAAGAACACAUACUGUGUUGUUAACAUUUUUGAUGUGACAUUGCGUCCUCAACUUAAUAUAACUGGUGUGGUUGAGGUCCCAGAAGGAAAUGGUUCAGGAGUAGUUUGGGAUGGGCAAGGUCACAUUGUAACAAAUUAUCAUGUAAUUGGUAAUGCCCUCUCUAGAAAUCCAGGUCUUGGGGAGGUCGUUGCACGAGUUAACAUUCUAGCAUUGGAAGGGUUGCAAAAGAAUUUUGAGGGUAAGCUAAUUGGUGCUGACCGUGCAAAAGAUCUUGCUGUCUUGAAGGUAGAAGCAUCCGAAGAUCUGUUGAAGCCAAUCUCUGUUGGGCAAUCAUCUUCUCUAAGAGUUGGGCAGCAGUGUUUAGCAAUUGGAAAUCCAUUUGGUUUUGAUCACACCCUCACUGUUGGAGUAAUUAGCGGACUGAAUCGAGACAUUUUCAGUCAAGCUGGAGUCACAAUUAGUGGCGGGAUCCAAACAGAUGCAGCAAUCAAUCCUGGGAACAGUGGAGGUCCCCUGUUAGAUUCCAAAGGAAAUUUAAUUGGGAUCAAUACCGCAAUAUUUACUCAGACAGGGACAUCAGCCGGUGUUGGGUUUGCCAUCCCAUCUUCAACUGUACUCAAAAUCGUGCCUCAGUUGAUUCAAUAUGGAAAGGUUGUUCGAGCUGGUUUGAAUGUCGAGAUUGCUCCAGAGCUAGUUGCAAAUCAACUCAAUGUUCGAUAUGGAGCUCUCGUUCUACAGGUCCCUAAAAAUAGUGUUGCAGCAAAGGCUGGCCUGCUUCCCACCACAAGGGGGUUUGCAGGGAAUAUAGUGCUUGGGGAUAUCAUCGUUGCAGUUGACGACAAACCCGUUAAAAGCAAAGCAGAGUUCAACAGAGUAUUUGAUGAGUAUAAUGUGGGGGAUCAAGUAAUUUUAAAGAUCCAGAGGAGCAGUGAAAAAUUGGAGGUUCCUAUAACAUUAGAGGAAAAGAGUUCAUGACUUGGUGUGCUGAUAAUUUUUACUUGCUAGUCAGCCAAGCAUUUUCUUCAGUUGUAAAACGAAAGACGACCCCAUGCCAAUAAGGCUCCCGCUCUGCUAGGAUGGGGGGAACGUCUGUUGUAAGCAUUUUCUUCAGCUGUAUCUUAGUAAUAUUAAUUUUGCCCCAUUAUUUGAUGUAAAAUGAAGAAUUACUGUAUAUAAUUAAUGUAACCACAGUAAUUAGUAAGUUA